GACAAACUCCUCGCGGUGGAGAGCUGCUGUGCGUGCUGGCUUCCUUAAGGAUGGCCGGCCGCACAUAGCACCUAUCAAAGAAGUGAUGGCUGGACGGAUGAGGCCGAUGCCUUGGUCCAUCUAAAAGAUGUUGCAAGAGCAAUCGAGUUACUGGAGAAACUGCAGGAAUCUGGAGAAGUACCAGUACACAAGCUACAGUCUCUAAAGAAGGUGCUGCAGAGUGAGUUUUGUACAGCUAUCAGAGAGGUGUAUCAAUACAUGCAUGAAACCAUAACUGUUAAUGGCUGCCCCGAAUUCCGAGCCAGGGCCACUGCAAAGGCAACAGUUGCUGCAUUUGCUGCAAGUGAAGGCCAUUCACACCCACGGGUGGUAGAGCUGCCAAAGACUGAGGAAGGCUUGGGCUUUAAUGUCAUGGGAGGAAAGGAACAAAAUUCACCUAUCUAUAUUUCUCGCAUCAUUCCUGGAGGAGUGGCAGAAAGGCAUGGUGGGCUCAAACGUGGGGACCAGCUGCUUUCAGUUAAUGGAGUGAGUGUGGAAGGAGAACACCACGAGAAGGCAGUGGAGCUGCUGAAGGCAGCCAAGGACAGUGUGAAGCUGGUGGUGCGGUACACUCCCAAGGUGCUGGAGGAGAUGGAGGCUCGCUUCGAAAAACUGAGAACAGCCCGGCGCCGGCAACAGCAGCAAUUGCUCAUUCAGCAGCAGCAGCAGCAGCAAACUACACAGCAAAACCAUAUGUCGUUGUUCUCAAGAAAGCAGAAGCUUCAAUCAAGAGUUCAGUAAUCAAGCAACCAGAGCUGUAGUAUUCCAGCAAAAGCAAACAACUACGGGAACAUGAAACAGAAUUCAUCUGGAGAAUAUACAUUACCGGACUAAAGUGAGCCAUAGAGAGGGUACCAUCAUGAUGAGGCUUUUCAGCACACAGCAGUCACUGAUACCUUUUACUUCAGUGACUCUGUUCCUAAUGAGAACAGCAUGAUUGGUAAACCCUAUGAAACAGCAAAGUCCAGGGCUUCCAAAUAAUUGUUUGAUCUCAUCUUGCACUCUUUACUCUGACAAAUUUCUAGUUGGCUUUCUCUAGUCACUAAAAGUUUUGUUUAAGGAGGUUGAGAUUGGCUGCUUUUGAGAGCAGGAUCUUUCUCUACAGUUAUCUCCAAAACCGAAAAACAUCAGUUCAAAAUUUUGUCACAGACAUCAGACUUGUACAUCACACUUCAUAACCACUUUGUACUAUAUAUUGUAGAGCUGGUUUAACCUAACUUCCUGUUUAUAAUUUUCAGAUUUCCCUCUGGAAAUAGCAAUUUACUAUAUUUAUAAAGUAUUUCAUUUGUAGAAGCAAUUGGCUUUUUACUCUUGGUGUUUCCAUAUAUUUUAUUAUGCAUCAAGAGAGUGAGAAAGUUUUAGGUCAACUUUAAUUUUAUUAGUAGUAAAGUUAGGGAAGCCUAGAACGGUAUUUUUAAAUGUAGGUAUGGCUUGUAUCUAUUAUAGUUACUAUUCAGAAAUCUAUAACUGGAUAUAUUAUAUAUUUACUCCAUAAAAUAUAUAUUGUCUGAAUGUACCUAUUAGAGAAGUAGGGUCUUUGCUUAGCAUGUAUUGCAAAUGUAGUAAGCUAAUGUUAGCAAAAGACCGAGCUUUGUUUGGCAGAUAUUACUGAGAUAGCAUAAUCUCUGCAUUUCUAUAUUGUGUAAUUUAUUUUUCAGUCUAAUAUUAAUAUAUUUUAGAGAGGAGGAAGUGUAAGUUAUUUCUUUUGAGACUCACACAUUAUCAUUUAAAUCAAUUUUAAAUUAGAGUUCUGACUUUUUAUUAUUAUUAUUAUUAAACCAAAUUGGAAUGUGCAGGCAAAAUCUGUAAGUUCUUAAGUUUACAUGUCUGCUUUUCCAAAGAAGAUAGUCCAAGCUGGAAGGCUACAAAUGUCAUCUGCUUUCAAGUAAAUAAGAAAAUGGACCCCCAAAUCCUGAAAAAAAGAGAUAAUUUUUACAUGCCUUUUAUGCUUCAUUAGAAAAGACUUGGGGGAGAAAAGGAGAUUAGGGGAAAACCAUACAAUCAUCGCAUGUUGAAAAUUCCCACUGAUGUCAGUGAAAGUUUAAUAAUGUGAGGAAUGGAAUGUAGAAAUGGUCAGAAACAGUGCUUUGGUUGUGAACUUCUGAGCAAAGUCAGAAACAAUUAAUAUAUUGGAGGAUCUUUUCUUAAACAGAGACAAGACAAAACAGAGGGAAAUUGGCAGUAUCAUAGCAUAUGUUAGAAACCAAAUGCAGGCUAGCCAACAUUUUGACAGUGUUUGAUCAGUGUAAGUAGCCAUUGGAAGGAAUUUACUGUGUUUUUAAAACCAAACUGCAUGAAUUCAUCUAGAGAAGUGUCAUUUUAUGCAGAGAGGUAGUUAUAUUCAGUGGUCAUUGGUGACAAUAUCAAUUAAGACAGUGGAGUUUGAGAACUAACAGAACUGAAGAUGAAAUAUAUUGUAUUGUGCUCUGCACGGUGUCUUUUUAUACUUAAUAAAAUUGUACGUACCUAUUUUAAAACUGUUCCCAAACAGGUAUUGCUAUUAAUAUUGACAGUAUAUCAGUUGUUAUUAUGACUGCAUAUAACUGUAUGAUUUGAAUUACACUGAUAGCUGCAUUUUCAGAGACCAAGUAUUCAGAUUUAGUCAGCCCACUGUACUGCAUUUUUCCAAACUGUCUCUCCACCUCUUCCCCUCCUCUUCCUCAAAAAAUUUGAGUGGAAUGUGCUGAUUAAUAAAUUUCAAUAAUAGACUGUCAUUCAUAUAGAGAAGCUUUUAAAAUUCAUUUUCAUCUAUUAUUAUUCAAUAAAUUAUUUAUACAUAUUAAAAUUA